AUGGAUGUGAAUGAUGGUGAUGAAUAUGUUACACCUGAUGAAAAAGUUUUCCUAGAUGAUAAUUGCUUUAUUAAUAAUGAUGAAAUGAAUGAAGAAUUAGAAAGAACACUUGAAUUAGGUGAUGAUGAUGAAUUAAAUGAAAGUUCAAUAGAUCCAUGUACUACCUUAUCAUCCUUUAUUGAUAAAAGUUCAGAUGGUAUUCACUGUUCAAUUGUACAUGAAAGUCGUACUACUGGCAAUGAUGAAACUGAGCCUGAUAAUAUUAAUUUGACAUCAGUGAACUCAGAACAAGCUAGUGACUCCAACCUAUGCUCUACACCGAACAAAUCCGUUACUGUUGCUUCAGAUAAAAUUGCCGAGGAUACUUCUACUACAGUAAUGGCUCCUCCGAGUAAGUUAUCUAGGAAAGAAGGCAAAGAAGGUAAUGUAUCUACUGCAACAACAAAUACCAAUAUGAAGGAAAAGAAUUCUGUAAAGGCUAAAAAAAAGGGGAAAAUACUUCAGUGGAAUGAUGUUAUUCUUUCACGUAUUGCGGUUAGUCAGCCUGUGGAUGAUGAACGUCCGGACUACUAUAACUCUGAACUUUUAAAAGAUUUACAACCAGAGGAUUUUGAUUUCACUUUUGCUGCACGUAGUCAUUUUCCCUCCAGAGGUCAUCGUACUCUGUCAUCAGUUUUAGGCCUAGCUUCACGAAAUCACCCAUCUACUCUAUUGGCUCAUUUUGAUGCACCCCAACCUCAGUGUCAAGCUUGUGGUGUAACUGGUCAUCGAUGGACUCAGUGUCAAACUUCCAAUGACAAAUCUGUAUCAUUUUUAGCCUGGCGUAAACUUUCGAAUAAAACUGCUUGGCCACCUAAGCCUGAACAAAUAAAGGAUUUAACUAGUUGUCUUGAACGUCUAGAAAAAUAUCAUGAAGCUGAGGAAAAAAUUCAUGCUCGCAAAGUAUUUGUUCAAAAAAUUCAACAAGCCUUUGCUAUUCGCUUUCCUUCUGUACAACUUGAAUUAUUUGGUUCUUGUGCGAAUGGAUUCGAUCUACAAUCAAGUGAUUUAGACGUUUGUGUAUUCUUUCCGACUAAAUCACCUGAAUGGUUAGCUAUGCAAAAUGAAGAGACUACUGUUGAGAUGAUUAAGAAAUUUAGAAAUCAAUUAUUUCGGUGCUCAAAUCGACUACAACUCGUUCAAGUUCAACCGGUACUAAAAGCUCGUGUUCCAAUAUUGAAAGUUUCCUUUAGAAAUUCAUUUGAAGUGGACAUAAGCUUUUCUAAUUACCUCGCGCUUUCAAAUACACGAAUGUUGGCCUUUUACUGUGAACUUCAACCGAAACUUCGUAUCUUGGGGAUUGCUUUGAAAACUGUCACCAAAAUAACAAAAAUUGGGAAGGCAGCAGCUGGUGGAAUUUCUUCAUAUGCAUGUAUUAUCAUGAUUAUUCAUUACUUACAACAAAUUGGCCAAUUGCCUGUUUUACAAGAACUUUAUGAAGGACAAUCGAAACCUGUUACUCUUGUCAAUGGUUGGGAUGUUUGGUACCAGAAUGAUUUAUCAGUUAUUAAUCGUUUAUGGAAGCCAACUAAUCCAGAUCAACCAGUUGGUGAAUUGUGGUUAGGAUUUCUGCGUUAUUAUCUUUUUGAAUUUGAUCAUGAUGCAUAUGUUGUAACAAUUAGGCAAAAGAAAUUGCUGAUACGCUUUGUAAAGAUGUGGAAAUCUUUAUUCGCUAUUGAAGAUCCUUUCAAUCUGAACCAUAACCUUACAUCCGGUUUGAGUCAUUCAAUGCUUCUUUAUCUGCUUAAUGUGUUUCACACCGUUCUCGUUCAUCAUACAACCUUUUUACGAAAACAAAUGUCUAUGGGAGAAUGGUGCUACUCUUUAUUUUCACCGGAGUAUAUCGUUGUCGACAGAACUACACCAAAAGAUACACGUUGUUUUGUCUGUCAUCAACUUGGUCAUUGGGCAGCACAGUGUCGAAAAAAUAAAAAAGCAACAAAUGUAGAAAAUAAAGAUGAAAUGUCAAUAGUUGAUUCAUUAAUUGGUCAUUUUUUGGAUAGAAAUUCCACAUCAACUUCUGAGUCUUCAGAAAAACCAUUAAUGAGUGAUUCAGGUGACAGUCAUCAUAAUUCUCAUCGACCUCGUCAUAUUAAUUCAAAUAUUACUUCUUCACCUGGUAUAUUAUCUGCUAAUACUCCAAGACAAGGUAGGCCAGUUUUCAUGUCAUCUAACAAUUAUGGGAAUGUGUAUAAACCACAAAACAAUUAUUCAAGUCCUUCAGUGCAUAAUAAUUAUCAGCAUCGUGAACAACGUCCUACGUAUACGUAUGAACAAUCUUCGAAUCCAGUGAAUUAUAAUUCAAUGAAUGCCAUUUAUCCUCCACAACCUCCAGUAAAUCUUACACCUGGUCUUUUAGGCAAUGGCAGCAAAAUGGUUUAUCCUAUGCAGCAUAAUAGGUACUAUCAACAACAACAGCGGCCAUAUCAGCAUCCUACUCAUCAGUAUCCUCCACCGCUUACUUAUGUACCAUACAAUAGUUACACUUCACAAGGAAAUCAUCGUAUGAAUUACCUACCACACGAGCAGCAGAUUAGUAAUGCAAAUAAUGCAAAUUGGAUAUUAAAUCCAAUUGUUUGCCAACCACAAAUACUACUUGCCUCAACAGACAAUGCAAUUAAAACACCAGUUAAUAAUGAUAAUUCUAAACGAUCACCAUAUAAGCCUAAACAGAUGAAUGUCACCACUACUCAUCAGACUGAGAAUACGUCACAUACACCUAAUAAUCAUGAAUCGAAUUCUCAAAGUUCAAAGCAACCCGGUCAUCAUGGUGUAACAAAUUAUACUAUGCAUAAAAACGCUUCAUCAUCUUCAGGUAGUGAAGAGAAAUUCACUUCAAGUACAAAAAGAUCGCGUAACCAACAAAACAGACAGUUUACUUUUUCAUCAUCUUCGAAUGGAAAGCAAAAUUCUCAACGACUUUCAAAUAAUAUGUAUAAUGCAGAAAUUGAACCAUCAAAGCAGCCGUUGAAUAAUAAUAAUAAGUCUGUCUAUCCAAAUGAAACUCAAUUUACCAGAAACAAUCAUUCAUGGAAUUCGUACAAACCUAAUCCUAGUCCUAAAAAGAAUUACGAUUCUCAACGGUCUUACUAUUCUCGUGCAACUGGCUCUUCAAGACCAUAUGACCAUGACGUGGAUGCAAGUUUAAGUGAACGUUUACACAAUAUGAAUGCUACACAUCCAUCAAACUGA